GGUGCAGUGGGGGUGUAUUGGGGCGCAGCGAGGUGUAUUGGGGCGCAGUGAGGGUGUAUUGGGGUGCAGUGGGUGUUCAGUAAGGGGCUGGCAUGCAGUGGGGGUGCAGUGAGGUGUACUGGGGUGCAAUGGGGGGCCCAGCAGGGGGCUGGGGGUGCAGUUGGAGAGUUGAGGGGUGCCGUGCGGGAGCUGGGGCUGCGAGAGGCCCGGUCUGGGGGGGCGGGGGCCCAGGCGCCAGGGCAGGGGUGAUGCGAGCCCCGGAGCUGGGCGGGGGGUGGGGCCGGGCUGUCCCUGGAGCCCUGCAGGGAUGGGGCACCGGUGCAGUGGGGGCCCCCGGGGCUCUCCUGGGUCCCCCCCCAGGGCUGCGGCCGGCCUGGGGCCUCCUUGGUGCCUCCUGCCCCGUCGCUGCAGGCAUCUGGGGCCAGGCCGGCGGAUCCGGCUGCACCGGUUCCUGGAAGCAGCUCCUAGACUUCCUCUUCAAGUUCCUGGUGAUCGGGAGCGCCGGCACGGGGAAGUCCUGUCUCCUCCACCAGUUCAUCGAGAACAAGUUCAAGCAGGACUCCAACCACACCAUCGGCGUGGAGUUCGGCUCCAAGGUGGUUAACGUCGGGGGCAAGACGGUGAAGCUGCAGAUCUGGGACACGGCCGGACAGGAGCGCUUUAGGUCGGUGACACGGAGCUACUACCGCGGGGCAGCCGGGGCCUUGCUAGUCUAUGACAUCACCAGCCGGGAGACCUACAACGCACUGACCAACUGGCUGACGGACGCCCGGACCCUCGCCAGCCCCAACAUUGUCAUCAUCCUCUGCGGGAACAAGAAGGACCUGGAUGCCGACCGGGAAGUCACCUUCCUCGAGGCCUCGCGCUUCGCCCAGGAGAACGAGCUGAUGUUCCUGGAGACAAGCGCGCUGACGGGUGAGAACGUGGAGGAAGCCUUCCUUAAAUGCGCCCGCACCAUCCUCAACAAGAUCGAGUCAGGACCACGUGCCUCGCUCGCUGAGCCCUCGCCCCCAUCCCGGUCUCUGCACCGCCUGCCUCCGUCCAUGGUGCCCUGGGACUCUGAGCUUUCCUUUGCAGUAGACGCUCCCCGUUCCAUGGACCGGCUGCACCCCACACCCCCAGAGCUCCAGCAUCUCCCUGGCCCCGGCAUUGCUUGCGUCGGCCUGGCCAGAGCAGCGCCCUCUUCUGCCAGCUAUGGUUUGGUGUGCAGCUCCUGGCACGCGCGGGGAUGGGAUGGGUCCCCUUUGCGGUUCUGGACAGCACUGGUGGGGUGUCCCCCUCACUGCCAGGACCCCGGCUCAGCUCGCCUUGAUGGCUCUGGCCCUGGGCUGGGAGUGAGCUGAGGCCAGUGCUGCCCCGUCCACGUCUCUUUCGCCCCCACCCCCUGGCACUAACGGGUCCUGCCCCCCCCCGACGAGGUGACGUUCUGCUGUAACCGACCGUCGGGAGCCUGUGUCCCCCUCGCUGUACUGUAGGGGCCUGCCCCCCAGCAGCUGCUAGGGCUCCAGCUGCCCAGCUUCACCCCGUCUUCUCCCCUCCAGCAGGGUCCAACACAUGCCCCGGGGGCAGAUUUGCACCCACUUCUGCCUCAGUUCCCCCCGCUCCCAGGUGCAGCAGGUGGACCCCCUGCCCCCCAGCAUGUGAUGCUCUUGCCCCAGGGGCCCUGGUACUGGCUGCCUGUGGGGGGGGGUCUGCACAGCGGGGCUGGUGAUGGGCUAAGCCCCCCUCC